AUAAAUGAUCCACUGACCGCUGUAGAAGCUUCAUCUUCAGCACUGCUUCUCUACAGAUGCUAAAACAUCACACAGCUUCCACUGAGCACUGAAAAUGAGCAGAAACGCACUGUUCACCAACCAAGAGCUGCAUAAGGGGGACUUUCUGCUCUCUAAUGACAGAAACUACAAAGCUAUCUUCCAGGAUGAUGGGAACUUUGUGGUUUACGGCUGGAAACCAGUUUGGGCUUCAGACACUUGGAACAAACCAGGAACUCGCCUCAUAAUGCAGGAGGACGGAAACCUGGUCAUUUACACCUGUGAUGGCCAACCUUUGUGGGCCAGUAACAGCUGUCAGAACAGUAUCACCCAUGACAACAGUCUGUUCAUCAAUAAUGAUGGCAGCCUGGCUGUCCAGAGAGGAUCCAGAGUGCUCUGGACAACUAGAAAAAAAUAAAACCUCACUGUAAAAGUCGUACACCUUCAGUCAUAUAGCCAUGCUACUGCUGUGUGACUCACAGAGUGAUGCCUGACUGAAUGAAGUAAAAUACAUUUUCAAGAUUAAAGGUUUUAAAGAUUUUGACUCAUCAAUGACUGUGCUUUCUCAAAUGACCAAAGGAAAAUAAAAA